AGAAAUAUUUUUUUUUGAAGCAAACGUGAAGAAAUAUUGUCAUAUGGUUUUUUUCAAAUAAAACAAUAAGGGGCUAAAGCUUUCCUCCCCAUUCCAAUAUAUGACUAAAUUGAUGCUCAUUUUUCAUUUUCAAAUGGGAAUUUCUCGUCGAGAAAAUACUCGUUAAUAUGCGAUAUUAACAACCCAUUCCAGCAUUUCCUUUCAAAAAAAAAGUGCAGAACUUGAAAAACAGUAGCAUUUCCUUUCAACAUCAUCAAUGGAGGAUUUCUCUUCGACAAUGUCAUUUAACCAUAACAAGCAUCUCAAAGAACAGUUUGUUAGCAACUUAACUGGAUCAUCUUUGCUCGACAUUUUCUCAAUUUCAUUCGUGAUUCCCAUUAUUGUGCUUCUUCGGCGUGCAAUUGGAUUUAACUACGUUUCUGGCUCCAUUAAAUCGCAGAGGUCAUCAAAGAAAGAUGAUGGUGAUUCAGCUACUGCAAAGUAUUUCAAUGCCUACAUGGUGUCAAUGGCUGUGGAUUUUCUCUUCAUUGUUGUUCCUAUACUUUUAAUUCACACUGUUUUGUCAGAAUGGAUACAUAAACUAGCGCUACUGCUGACGUUAUUUCUUCUAUUUUUAAUGCUAGUCAAAAGAUAUAGUACAUCAUCUUCUCCUGGAAGUCACGAACCUUGUGAUACUGUAAGGAAAAGUAUAUCAUCGUUCAGAGUUGCCAUGAUGAUAAUUACAUGUACAUGUAUACUUGCUGUUGACUUCAAAAUAUUUCCUCGAAAAUACGCAAAGACAGAGACCUAUGGAACCAGUUGGAUGGAUCUGGGAGUGGGAUCAUUUGUGGUGGCUAAUGCCUUGGUUUCACGGCACGCUCGUAAUGUGUUUUCAGGAGGAUGGAAGAUUGCCCUUCAGUCUACAUGUCCACUGAUCUUGUUGGGUUUUGCUCGUCUCGUUUCAACUUCAGGAGUGGAUUAUCAGGUCCAUGUGGGAGAAUAUGGUGUGCACUGGAAUUUCUUUUUCACUCUUGCUGCAAUCUCACUUCUGACAUCGGCAAUCAAUGUUCAUCCACAAUAUUGUGGGGUUCUAGGUCUGUUCAUCCUUAUAGGGUAUCAAAUUUUUUUGGUGCAGGGGUUAAACACUUAUCUUCUGUCGGAUGUUAGAGGAUUGGACAUUAUAAGCCAAAACAAAGAAGGCAUUUUUAGUAUAUUUGGAUAUCUGGGUAUGUAUCUGAUUGGUGUUCAGCUGGGCUAUCAACUCUUCUUUAAGAACAAUAAUUCUGCUUCUUCACAUAGAGAUCAGCUGACAAGAUACAGAGUCUGUGCUGUUUCUGUUUUACUCUGGCUGUUGACUCUCGUUUUAAACCUGCAUGUAGAACAAGUCUCACGGAGAAUGUGCAACAUGGCUUAUGUGAUGCUUGUGUUGGCUGUAAAUUUUGAGGUUCUGGCAAUUUUUAUGCUUUCUGAGUUCACUCCUGGGAGUAACUUCACGGCACUUGAAGGAGCUUUUGACCAAAAUUUAUUGGCAUCCUUCCUUUUGGUAAAUGAGCUUUAUAUAUUUUCUGGCAAAUUUACUAACAGGACUGGUAAACUUAUCUAUCGAUACUCUGUUUGCUUCUUCAAAUCAAGCCUUGGUUAUUUUAGUGCUAUAUGCAUUUGUUCUGAGUUUCUUCACUGGACUUGCGAGUUUUUAUGGUUUUCGGUUGAAGUUUUGGUAGUGAUGGGUCAUUUCAGCGUUAUACCAAUGCCAAUUUUGUUUGUGUUUUCUCUACCAUUACCUUGAACGUGUAUUGUGUAAGAAACAUUUGCUUGAACAGCUCAUCGUUUAAACAGUAAUUUAAACAGAUUGCACUUCAUCAGUUCCCAAAGCUUUAUAUUUUCUUCUAAUCCUGAUGCUUUCUUUCUGAACUGUAUCUGUUCUUUAUUCAGUACAGAUAGAUACAAAUUCAUAGGUUUUAUCCAAAUUACAUUUCAUUUUCUGAUUUGUUGGUCCGGGGGCGCUUUCAGUAUCAGCCACAUGCAUCUGCUUCAUUGUUUUCUUUGAGGACAUUUGUCUCUACAAUAUAUCAAAAUAGCAUGAUCAUAAUAUUACAGGUCAUAUUAAUGUGAAGAUGUUUUUUUUUUUUUUGUAAUUUUGUUUCUCCUCAUGCAAAGGUGAGCUUUCUGAUAUGCCUUUCUAUCAGCUGGCAUAAUGACAGGAAUAGAGAAGAGAUUAUUUGUCUAGGGAUUGUAUUAUAGAUACCAAAAUGUCGCUAUUCGAUGUAUUAUUAUGAUAUAAAACAGCAGAAAAACUUUAUAAUUUGUUCAUAUUUUGUUACAUUACAUGUUAAUGAUUAUAAUGUGUACUUUUUUCAUGGGUAAGAUUUCACAUGGAUCCCUCUGAUGUGAACUCUGGCAGCUUGGACCAUGACCCAGGUCCACCUCCCGUCCUCUUCACCUGAUUAGGAAAACAGUUUUUCCUCCUUUUCAAUUCAAUAAAACCUCCUCUUUGAGGGGUUUUGGGUGUUGUGGAUGACUAAUGUUGUUUUCACCCCGGUUUCAAUUCGGGACCAUAUAAUGUACUCCGUAGUAAUUUCAUCAUAUAAUGGUCGAAUUCCGUUUUUUGGUUAAACUUGCUCUUAUUUGUUGAACACUUUAUGGUUUACACUAUUUGAUUCUAGUUUGCUGAUUUCAUGAAUAAUUCGUGUGUAACUGUGUCGUCAUAUGUACUAACUUUUCCCAUAGUAGUUUAAAAUGCAGCAAAAUUUGGGGAGUGAUCUAUUAUUUAAGGACGGCGGAAUUAUUUCUGAUCUUUUGCCAUAGUAGUUUAAAAUGUAGCAAAAUUUAGGGAGUGAUCUAUUAUUUAAGGACGGCGGAAUUAUUUCUGAUCUUUUGCCAACUUAGACCAAAGUAGCGAAGUAUCACUUUGCAAUAAAUCCUUUAUUGUUUGUUGUAAAACCCUGGAAUCUUGUGUUACACUAUUACUCUGGUUCCUCAUACGACCUGCGAAUCGCCUGACCAUGAAAUGGAACA